AUGGGGACUCAGACUUUUGGAUCAACGCGUCAUUUAUUUAAGAUAUGUGUGAGCAUGGACCCUGGUUCGGCGCAGGUCACUCUGACGUCCGAUGGACCACCGAAACUGUUCACUUUCGAUGGCGCCUAUUACAUGGAUUCCACCGGGGAGCAGAUAUACAACGAUAUCGUCUAUCCACUGGUUGAGAAUGUCAUCGAGGGUUACAAUGGCACGGUAUUCGCGUAUGGACAGACAGGAUCAGGGAAAACAUUCUCCAUGCAAGGAACAACUUGCAGUCCGUCUUCAGGUAUUGCGAGCAUCCCCGCUCAACGAGGAAUCAUUCCACGAGCAUUCGAACACAUCUUCCUCGCUACAGCUACCACGGAGAACAUGAAGUUUCUCAUCCACUGCAGUUACUUAGAGGCUCGAUUCCUCCGUAGCCAUUCAAUUUUCACCGUUUAUGUGGAGGGAAUGAUGGAAAAUGGCUCGAUCAGGACUGGAAAACUCAACCUCGUAGAUUUGGCUGGCAGUGAGCGCCAAUCGAAAACUGUUUUUUUGUAUACCCAGACCUUGUUUCCAGGUGCUACCGGCGACCGCUUCAAAGAAGCAACGAAAAUCAAUCUCUCGUUGUCCGCUCUAGGCAACGUCAUUUCGGCUCUUGUGGAUGGAAAAUCGAAGCAUAUCCCCUACCGAGACUCAAAGCUCACAAGGUUACUGCAGGUGAGCCUCUUCCCAGCUUUUUCGCGUCUAUCACUCCUUCUUUAG